AUGCCUCAAUCUAAAGAUUACUUUGACGACAGCGAGUCUUUGGAAAUGGGCAAUCAACCCCCGAAGCCAAAACGUAAUGCCUUCCUUCGCAUCUGUGGUACCCCAUGGAGGGAACUUUCCACACUGGAGCUUUGCCUGAGGAUUCUUGGCUGGUUGACCUUUUGGGUCGUGGUGGGUGUUAUCAUUGGUCUGAUCAUUCGGUACACAAAAUAA